GCAAAACCAUUAACCUUCAAUCCACAGAUUUCAUUGAGAACUAGAGAUUGAGAGGAGAAUGGCAAGUCAGUGUCCAGUUAAGAAUUCAUGGCCGGAGCUCGUCGGGACAAACGGGGACAUUGCAGCGGGUAUCAUAGAGACAGAGAAUGCAAAUGUGAAGGCAAUCGUGCUCAAGGAGGGAUUGCCUAUAACUCAGGAUUUAAAUUUCAACAGGGUCCGGGUUUUCGUGGAUGAAAAUCGGGUGGUCACUCAAGUUCCUGCCAUUGGCUAAACAACGAAUUUAUUACCUCAAUGGAGCAGAAAUUAUAUAAUAAAGAAGUAAUAGCAAAUAAAUAAUCUCUGUUCUUUAUGAUUUGAGGAAUAAAAAUUUGUGUUAAUUUAGAUUUAUGUGGAUCCUAUAUAAGCAAUUAAAAGUUUGAUUAUUAUUCCAAUUAAAUAAAAAUAGAUUAAUAGGUUCAUUA